AUGUCUGACACAACAAAUCCAUUAGUCGUUGGGGGUACAACAGCUAUGACACCGAAUGGUAAUGGUCUCUUGGAUACUUCUCAACCUGUUACAAAUGUACAAGUUGGCGAUGGUCCUAGCCCCUCUUUAAAUAUGACGACAGCUGCCGGUGGUUCUGCAAGCGGUCAACAGCCUGAACCGUUGGCACUCAAUUUGAAUUUAGCAUUAGAGUCGGAUCCUCUGGCCGCAAAUAACCAUACCGCUCCAAACAAUAAUAAUUCAAGUAGAGCUUCUACGGCGGGACAGACGUCGACAAAUACAGCGGCUGCAGCGGCAGCGGCAGCAGUUGCGGCAGCUAAUAGCACGGGCAACGCAAGUACCAAUAUGAAUUCUAAUAGUAACACAACGAUGCCUACACCUGUAAUGGAAGGCAGUAACCCUGGAUCUACGAACUCGGCAGGAUUAACUGGUACGUAUCCAUCGAUGAAUUCCAUUCCAUCUGCGAGCCCAUCGAGAACCAUUCCAAAUGAUAGAAGUACUAAUACAGUUCGAAUGUUCCAAAGGAUGGAUGAAUUGAGCGCAAGGUUUAUCGUUAUGGAGGAGAUGUUCCAAAAAUUAUGCAAAACUGUCGAACAACAGUCGUUAUGUAUGGCAGAUUUAAAAUUACAAAAUUCACAAAUGUGUCAAGAGGUUAGUGGAAAACUUGAUGAAAUUUGCCAACAACAGCGACAUUACGGGGAACAACCAAACGAUCAAGAUUCAUUUGUGACAGAUUUACUAAAUUCUAUCACCAACGUGAGCAGUUCAUAUUUACGAAAAAUCAGAUCAAGAUCACGUCCAGGAAGCACCAAAGUAUCACCACAACAACAGGGAAUAACGCCCCCAGGCGGCCAAUGGACUCAAUACGAUCAAGCUGCAACCACUCAAAACUUCGCACAGACUCAAUCCAAUAGUGUCCCAUGUGACAAAAUGUUUACUUUGAAUCCCAAUGGUAUAAAGAGACGUAGACACAACCCACCUCAUUCUAAUGUAACGAGUGGUGCACCUUCCUAUACAGAUCUCGCUUCUUUAAACAAUCUAGGAACUAUAAGUCUUCCGAAUCUAGCUCUAGAUCAUACUGGUAUAACCCCAUUAAUAAGGAGUGGAGGGAGUGGUGGUGCCAAUGGCCCAUUAGGAUUCCCCACACACCCAACACAGGAUCAACAACAGCAACAACCGCAACAACCGCAGCAACCACCACAGCAUUCUUCCAGGGGUCGAGGUAUUCAUCUUGAGAUAGGCUCGGAACUUGCCUCUGCUAAUGAGGAUGAAGAUGGGUAUCAAGAGGAAGAUGAUGAUGAUGACAAUAGCGUUUUAGCCAAAACGCAUAGUAGUAGUGAUGGUGGAAGUAGCUCUAGUGAAGAUGCAUCUGCUGAAGAAGAAGAUGAAGCCGAUGAUGAGAUAGACAAUGCCACUAAAGAGAGUAGUGGUAAUCGUAGUAACAAUGUAAAUCUAAAUGCACGUGCAAAGCGCAAGCGUCCAAGACUCGCAGAUCAAAACAUGAGAAAUCUAAUUGGUAAUAGCGAUGACGUUAGCGUAAGGAAUACUCCUGACAGAAAUGAAAGGCUAGUUUUGAAAAACAGUAGAUCUGCAAUAGGACAAUUGGUAGGAUCUUCAACAAAUAGCCUUCCAGAUGUUGUUGGCAAUAAUGUAGUGAAUACUUCUCCUAACUCACGUGACCUGAACUAUACCCUUUUAAAGGCGCCAACUGAUGUAAGAACUAUUUGGAAAGAAUACGUCAGUGGCAUUGGAGGCGACCCACCGAUUAAAAAAUUGGAAGAGAAAUACGGCAACAAGUGGCGGUUAAAUCACAAUCGCAAGACCUUUGCCAGGCGCAAGAGGCUCUACAAAUUUAUUAUUAAUGGUAUGAACAAAGGUAAGUCCGCCGAUGAAAUGAUUGACGCCCUCGAGCGUAGAAGGCUCUAUAGAGAUGAAAAUGGUGAAGUAAAACGCCGAACAAUAGGUUGGCUACAACAAAGCUUGACGGGGAUAUGA